AUGCGAAUGCGAUCAGGCAAGCGUGCCGCCCUUAAAGACGACGUUUCGUCUUCGCAAACACCCGAACCUGCUGUGACCCCAAAAAACGGCGUUUCGGAUGCGCCCAGCUUAAUCGGCGAUUCAGGUGAUGGAGAAAAUAACUAUGUUGAUGGCUUUUACACUUAUCUUGUAAUUGUGGGAAAUUGUGGCAAAUGCGGUCGGAAAACUGUGGUUGUUAUAGCUGAAGAACAAGAGAUGAAAGAGAGAGUCAAGGCUACUCAGAAUCAUGAGUAUGCGGAAGGAAGUUGCUUGUGA